AUGAUUCUCAUUGCCGUUGCCAUCAUCCUGCUAUCAUUGCUUCUCGCCGGAUGCUCCUCCUCCUCGCCCCUGAUCCCCUCCAUCUUCCUCCUCUCCCUCUACUACAAGGGCUACGAGGCCACCCCCGACACCGCUCAGGUCGACUACAACGUCCACACCGCCAUCGCCAACAUUGCCGGAGACGCCCAUCUGCAGGCCCGAGUCGGCUACUUUGGCAUCUGCAUCAACCCCGACGGAGGAUCCUGGCUGUGCAGUAACAAUGCCACGGCCCUGGCCAACGAGGUGGCGGUGGACCAGGACCCUCUCAACCUCAUCUGGUUGGCAGCUCAGUUCAAGGAUAUGAUUGUCUUUCCCUAUCUCAUCAUCAUUGCCAUCAUCUUCGCCUUUGUCUGCUUCAUCCUCCUAGCCACGUUUCCCGGUUGGCACGAGGAGGAAGAUUCCGAGGGCUCCGAGCGCGACGUCAAGCCAUUUCCCUCGCGUCCGGUAUCGCAGGUCUCCCUCGCCAUCAUCUUCGUCGCCUCCAUCUUCAUCCUAGUGUCGGUCCUGUGGCAGCACACAGCAUCGGUAGCCGCAUCCGUCAUUGCCCAAGAUUUCGGAAACGGUUCGGUCAAGUCGGGCGUCGGGACCAGCGCAAUGGUCAUGGGAUGGUUCUCGUUCACCCUCCUGAUCAUCGUCACCAUCGGUCUCCUCGUCAUGAUAUUGAGUAUCCGCGUGCUAAGUCAAAUGGCUUAA